AUGAAAUUCAAUUUCUUCGGCACGCGUACGACGAAACCGCAGCAGCAGGCCAUGAGUAAAGAGCAAGCUCGGGCAUGGCAGCGCAGUUUGCGGUCGGAGAUGAGGAAGAUAGACAGGGAGUGUGGGAAGAUGGAGAGGGAAGAGAAGAAGGUCGAGCUUGAGAUAAAGGGCUUGGCGAGGAAGAAGGAGGUCUCCAGCAUAAGGAUAUUGGCGAAGGAGAUAGUACGGACGAGGAAGACGCGAGAUAGGAUGCUUAUGGCUAAGGCUCAGAUGAACAGCGUUAGUAUGCAGUUGCAACAGGCGGCGAUGACUAUGAAAAUGGGGGAGGCCGUCGCGGGCUCAACACAGAUAAUGCACGCUAUGUCUUCGCUCAUCAAGUUGCCUGAGUUGACUGAGACGAUGGAGGGCAUGGCAAAGGAGAUGGAGAACUUAGGCAUCAUUGAAGGCGUUAUGGCAGACACUCUCGAUGCUGUGGAUGUAGACGUCGACAUUGACGAAGCAACCGAUCAGGAAGUGAAUAAGGUCCUCGAGGAGCUAGCAGUGGAUACUAUAGCCAACGUACCAGCAGCUGCUCAUGGAGCUCUACCGGCUGGUCAGAAAGUCCCUGCAGGGAAGGCAAAGCUGUCGGCUAAGCAGGGCUUCAUGUUCGGCAGCGGAGGUUCGAGUAGUGGCGGCAACAUCUUCGGUGCCUCAGCUCCCAGCGGUGGUGGUCUCUUCGGGUCUACCACCUCGUCCUCUUCGACAGCUACAACAACUAGUGGUGGCCUCUUUGGAGCGGCUCCCUCUGCUAAUACUGGCGUUUUCGGAGGCAGUGGUACGGCUGGCUCCGGUGGAGCUGGUGGGCUCUUCGGUGGAGGUCCUUCAUCAGCGGGAGCGUCUGGUGGUCUCUUUGGAGCGCCUUCCUCCUCCUCCUCAUCGACUGGCGGAUUAUUCGGCUCAGCACCGGCAAGCACCACGGGCAGCUCUAGUAGUGGUGGUGGACUCUUUGGGGUAACUGCCCCUUCAUCGUCUACUACGGGUAGCCUUUUCGGCACGGCGGCACCGGCCAGUAGUUCUACGGGAGGUGGCCUAUUCGGCUCAGCCCCGGCCUCGUCCUCAGCAGCCGGUGGUGGGCUCUUUGGGUCGGCCCCAGCAUCGUCCUCAGCAGCCGGUGGUGGGCUCUUUGGGUCGGCCCCAGCAUCGUCCUCAGCAGCCGGUGGAGGCCUAUUCGGCUCAGCUCCGGCAUCGUCCUCAGCAGCCGGUGGUGGGCUCUUUGGGUCGGCCCCAGCAUCGUCCUCAGCAGCCGGUGGUGGGCUCUUUGGGUCGGCCCCAGCAUCGUCCUCAGCAGCCGGUGGUGGGCUCUUUGGGUCGGCCCCAGCAUCGUCCUCAGCAGCCGGUGGAGGCCUAUUCGGCUCAGCUCCGGCAUCGUCCUCAGCAGCCGGUGGUGGGCUCUUUGGGUCGGCCCCAGCAUCGUCCUCAGCAGCCGGUGGUGGGCUCUUUGGGUCGGCCCCAGCAUCGUCCUCAGCAGCCGGUGGAGGCCUAUUCGGCUCAGCUCCGGCAUCGUCCUCAGCAGCCGGUGGUGGGCUCUUUGGGUCGGCCCCAGCAUCGUCCUCAGCAGCCGGUGGAGGCCUAUUCGGCUCAGCUCCGGCAUCGUCCUCAGCAGCCGGUGGUGGGCUCUUUGGGUCGGCCCCGGCAUCGUCCUCAGCAGCCGGUGGUGGGCUCUUUGGGUCGGCCCCGGCAUCGUCCUCCUCUGCAUCUUCAUCAUCGUCGGCUGCUGGCGGGGGGCUAUUCGGCUCAGCCCCAGCUGCCAGCAGCAGCAGUGGUGGUCUCUUCGGUGCCACUACCACUGCAGCCUCCUCGACGACUCCUGCUGCUGCUGCCGGUGGCCGCGUGGGCAUCUUAGAACACAGGAAGCUGAAUGAUGUCCUUACCCUCUGGGACCAACGACUGUCAAUGCAAGCUAAUCAGUUCAACCAGUACGGAUCUGAGGUCCUGGCCGUCGACUCCAAACUGGUUCAAGCUACUAGGGAGCUCAGGGCCCUAGAUGCCCAGCAUGUCCAGCUCAAGAACACCGCCCAGAUGGUGGAUUCGGCAUUGGCGUCGAUAGCAGGUCAGCAGCAGUCGCUUGGGGAGCUUUUGGAAGAUGUCGAACAGGCUGUGUUGAAGGAAAUGCAGGGCACUGCUGCUGGUGGCGUGUCGAAUGUUAAUGGCUCUGCCUCGGCGUUGUUGUCGGGAGUGCAGCGCGGCAAGAAUGAGGCAGCGAGUGUCGGAGAUAGAGCGGUGGCUGUUUCUGGGCAGCUGGACGAUAUGGAACGCCAACUAGAGGAGCUCAUGGCCACCACCAAGACGCUCGCCGAUUCGACUUACGCUGGGGACGCAAGUAGCACUGCUGAACCGACAGCAUUGCAGAGUUUGGUGAAGAUCUUGAACAUACACCAGAAGUCUCUGGAGCAUAUCACGGAGCAGACGAACGAACUACACAGGACUUUGGCCAGCCUGGAGCGCUCUGGCUGAGUUGGGCAGCCGGCCUCUUGAACGUCGAUCAGAAUAUAAG